CAGAUCUAAAAUGUAUAUUUUUAUUCUUAACAGACAUCACACAAGCCAACUGGUCUCAGCAUGCAUAAGAGUGACCAGUGGCAGGUACAGCAAGAAACAGCAAAAGAAGGCCCUACUGAUGAUUAUGAUGAAGAAAGUUACGAGUUUAUUGAUGGUGGAGAAGCACACUUUAGUACCAUGCAUUUUUCACAAUACAAAGGCACAUCGGAAUAUGCUGAUAAAAGGUGUUUCCAGACAGAAAUAAAUGACCAGCCUUCUAACAACCUGCAGCUAAGUCCCGCUGUCCAUCAUGUAUCCAGAAGUACAUUUGCAGCAAGACCACAGGCACAAAGACAUCAUUUUAAGGAAUCAAGAUCAAUCAGAGACCAAAGAAUGUUAAGCGUGACAAAUUUCAAAGAUACGACUCCAUCACAACGAUUUAUGCCCAUUAACUCCUGUGAGCAGAAUUCUGUCCGAAGCAGCAGUAAAACAAAGGAUAAAAAGUCACAGCCUUCAAAAGGUCCAGCUGUAAACCGGAGCUUAAAACCACAACAUUUUUGCCAAGUUAACGAAAGUCCAUCAAGUCCCCUUGAAACCCACAAGGGUAGAGGGAUUAAAAAGGAAUUAAACCUGUCCAUUCAGCCACAUGCAAUGCCCUACAAACUGAGUACAGAGAAGAAAACAGAAUCAACUGCAAGUAGAAGAUUCAAUUUACAAAGUCAAUGCAAUGAUAAGAGCAGAGGCAGCAGCUUAACACAAAACCACCACAUGAUCAGGACUCCACCAUGGAAGCCAGAAUCAGAUUGUACAGCAGCGGGAGCCCGGACGCACACAGGUAUCAAGCAGAUGCAACAAAGGCCACAUCCAGUGACCGUUCCAAAAGUCCUAGCUGCUAAACAGAAAAUAGAAGCAAGAAGCAAUCAAUGCCCCGGUAUACAAAAAUAUAAGGACAGCCAGGAGGACCUAAGCCUGGCAGAAAAACUCCAGCAACAGCUACAAAGCUUCAAUGAUAAAACUCCAAGCAUGUUGCCAGGAAGGAUCACAUGGUACCUAAAUGAAUGUGAUCGCUGUAAAGCAGAACAUUUUUUAUAUGAAGAGAACAAAGAUGGAGCGUUCCUAGUGAGGGACAACAGUCACAGAACAUUUAAUGAACCCUAUGUUUUGUCCAUCUAUUAUAAAAAAAAAGUUUAUCACAUCAAGAUACGUUACCUGGAAGAAACUCAGCAAUACGCUCUGGGAACAGGACGCAGAGGAAACUACAAAUUUAGCUCUGUGGAGGAUAUUAUUGAAUUCCAUAGAAGUUUGCCUCUACUACUUGUCAAUGGAAAAGCCAAUCAAUUUCAAGGACUCCAGUGUUUUCUGACCCAUCCACCUAUCAUGACUGGUAGAAGGUCACCACAGACUCUGUGAUGGGAUUUAACAAUUUGUGUUUUAUAUACAUUUUGACUAAUUUUAGAGAAGAGCUUAUAAGAGUUGAGAGGAAUUGUAUACUGCAAUAGUGGAGCCAAAACUAUAUUUUAUAAUUUUUCUUCAAUUAGUUUGUCAGAAGAAGGAGUUCCAUUCCCAGCUGAAUCACGACAGCCAAAGGUGCUGAUAAAAAGAGUUAAAGUCCCUUAAAGGGGUUGUCCAAUGCAUAAAAUAUUUAUUCUGCAAACGGCUCAGAAUAGGUUGAAGAAAAUAGGAAAAGCAAUACUCUUCUCUGAUCCUCUGACUAUCCUACUACAAUGCCUCCUGGUCUCCCGCCAGUCUCUGCCUUC